AGCCCCCCUCGUUGCUCAGGCGACGUCUGUGAAGCGCCGGCUCUCCGGGGCGGUUUUAUUUUGAAACACUCAGCCGGGGCCUCGGCUUUUUAUUCGCGCUACGCUAACGCUGCUGAGAGCGAGCAGGCGGAGAGGAACGGCAUCUAAAAAAGCGACUUGGAAAAACUACUUAGCGAGUUUUGGAGUCCUAGUUGGCUGUGAGGGGCCACCAGCAUGAGCCAAGAGACACUGGUGUCUGAUGGAGACUCUGCUCAGGAUGUCCCUGACUUUAACUGGGAUGAUUACCUGGAGGAGACUGGAGCCGUGGCCGUGCCGCAUCACAGCUUCAAACAUACUCCAGGCAUGAAGCUGGAGGUAUGCGUGCGCUCCGAGGCUGACAGCCCUUACUGGGUGGCAAAUAUCAUCACCACAUGUGGACAGCUGCUUCUUUUACGCUACGAGGGAUACCAGGAUGACCGCCGUGCUGACUUCUGGUGUGACAUCAUGACGGCAGACCUCCAUCCUUUGGGUUGGAGCCGGCAGCACGGCAAGACAAUGAGGCCCCUGAGGGUGUGCGUGGAGAAGCAUCAGGACUGGGAAGCUUUGCUGGAAAGCCUUGCUGAGGAGUGCAGCGUGCCUGCCAGCCUGCUGGAAUUGCCCCAGCGCGGUAGAGACCCAGUGGAGCUUCUGUGUGCGGGCUGCUACGUGCUCCAGGAUAGCGUUGACCCAGGGCUGGCUUGGGCUGCCGAGGUGGAGGAGAAUGUCGGAGGAAGGUUGAAGCUGCGGCUUGUAGGCACAGAGGGUCUCCCAGACACACCCGCAACCCUCUGGCUCUUUUAUCUCCACCCACGCCUACACCCACGCUGGGCCAAAGAGCACGGCUGUACCCUCAGGCCUCCUUCAGACCUGCUAGCUCUGCGGACGGGGGAGGAGUGGGAGGAGGUGAGACAGAGGAUCAGUGACCUGCCUCAGGAUGAAGCUCUGACUGCAGAGUUAACUAAAGAACAGCCCGCCGUCGCUGCUCAUUGUUUCAAAGAAGGGAUGAAACUGGAAGCUGUUGACCCUGCUGCUCCCAUUUCCAUCAGGCCUGCAACUGUCACCAGGGUAACAGAGUUUCCCAUUAAAUCUGUGUCUUCUGUGCUGCAAUUUUUUUUCUCCUGUUUACUGAGCGUUUGCUUUAGUUAA